AUGAGCUUCGCCGCGCGCGCCGUGCACACCGGCGACGCGGCGACCGAUGCGGGGACCGACGCGAGCAAGGUGGCGCCCGUGCGCGCCGUCGAACUCGACGGUGGCGCCGCGCUGAAGAUCAUCAAGCACUGCGCCGAUGCGUCGCCCGGAAGCGCCACCGGACAGCUCUUAGGGCUGGACAUCGGCGCCGCCCUGGACGUCACCGCGGCGUUUCCGUUCCCCAAGAUUGGAAACGAUGGGUCGUACGACCCCGACGGCGCGUUCGCCUCGGAGGAAGGGGCUGAGUAUCAACUCGACAUGCUUCGAUGCCUGCGAGAGAUUAACGUGGACUCGAACAUCGUCGGAUGGUACCAGAGCACGUACUUGGGGACGUUUUACAGCGAAGAAUUAGUCGCGACGUUUCUUUCGUACGCCGAGAGCAUCGAGCGGUGUGUGUGCAUCGCGUACGAUCCGGCGUACGCGGAGCAAGGCGUGUGCGCGCUCAAAGCGCUGAGGCUGAGCGAGAAGUUUGUGGAGGCGUACGAGGCGGGUAAGGGCGAGUUGACGCCCGAGAACAUUCACGAGAAGGGGCUGAAGUGGAAUGAGGUCGUAGAGGAGGUGCCGCUGACGAUUAGAAAUAGCGCGCUCGCGACGGCGGUGAUGGGCGAGUUGACGCGGGGCCAAGACGAGACGCUCAACAGCACAGAUUACGAGCGUCUGGAUCUCAGCACGGCGCCGUUCGUCGAGGAAAACAUGAAGUUGCUCGGAGAGUGUAUGGAGGACUUCGCCAACGAACAACAAAAGGUCGCUUACUACCAGCGCAACAUGCAGCGAUACCAGUCGCAGCACGCGCACUGGCUGCAAAAGCGCCGGCAAGAAAACGCGCGUCGUCGCGCCGCGGGCGAGGAUGUCUUACCGGAGGAAGAUCCCAACUACAAGGCUCCACAACCGCCGAGCCGAUUGGAGAACUUCUUGAUCACCAAUCAAGUCGCCGAGCACGUCUCCCAACUGGAAAAUUUCACCCGUAAGACGGAGGCCAAGCUCGAAUUGGUCGGCGCGUUGGCCGGCAAGUAG